ACUACAUUAAACAUUUAUUGUUUCCUCUCGUGAACAAACGACAUUUUCACCAAGAACAUUUCUGAUGUAAGACGUACCUGAGGAAGAUAUGGGGAAUAAGAGAAAUUGUCAGGUGAUAUGGCUUGUUGCAUUCAUUGUCGUUUACCUGUCCUGCAACUCCGAGGAGCAACAAACGUUGACUGUGUUUCCAUCUUCUUCGAUUUACCUUACCAACACUUCGAACGCCUCCAUUUUCCAUGGAAACAUAACAAUUUCGGCAGUGAACGUGACAGUGAAUGCAAGUUUUAGUAUUAAUCCAAACCGAUCCAGUGCAGCAGUAAUGAACACGAGCGCUUCUAUAAUUAGUAAAAUAACGGGAGCCACAAAGACCGAAAACAAUACAUACUUUGUGGAGUUCAAAACAGGAGCGUUGAAAUGGAGUCCCGAUCUUACCAAUGAAUAUCACAAUACCUUCAUCAACAGUGCCAAUGGAAUUGUUAAGACCGUAAGUAAAAGUUUAACUGACCAAUAA